AUGGGUUGUGUGUUUGGUAAAGAGUCAUUGGUGGAGGAGAGGAGAGAGGAAGUGAGAGAAGAGAAAGUAGAUGUGGAUGGUGGUGGAGAGGUUGAGAAUGUGAAAGAGGGUGGAGAGGAGAAGAGAGUGAGGCAUGGAGGGGAGAGAAGAAGGCGAUCUUCGAAGGCGAAUCCGAGGUUGAGUAAUCCUUCUAACAAUGUUCAUGGUGAACAGGUUGCAGCUGGCUGGCCUUCUUGGCUUUCUAAGGUUGCUGGUGAAGCUAUCAAUGGUUUGGUUCCUAGGAGGGCUGAUACUUUUGAGAAGCUUGAUAAGAUUGGGCAAGGUACAUAUAGCAAUGUUUACAAGGCUAGGGAUACUUUAACCGGGAAGAUCGUUGCGCUAAAGAAGGUUCGGUUUGACAAUUUAGAGCCCGAGAGUGUGAAGUUCAUGGCUAGAGAGAUUCUGAUUCUGCGUCGUUUGGAUCAUCCCAAUGUUGUUAAACUGGAAGGCUUGGUGACUUCUAGAAUGUCGUGUAGUUUGUAUCUUGUGUUUGAAUAUAUGGCUCAUGAUUUGGCUGGACUUGCUACAAACCCCGCGAUUAAGUUCACAGAGCCUCAGGUAAAAUGCUACAUGCAUCAACUAUUUUCUGGGCUGGAACAUUGUCACAACCGUCACGUGCUGCAUCGUGAUAUAAAGGGUUCGAACCUUCUUAUUGACAACGAUGGAAUUCUCAAGAUUGCUGAUUUUGGAUUAGCUUCCUUCUUUGAUCCUGAUCACAAGCACCCGAUGACAAGUAGAGUGGUGACUUUAUGGUACCGACCUCCAGAGCUUCUUCUUGGAGCCACCGAGUAUGGUGUAGGAGUCGACCUCUGGAGUGCUGGCUGCAUUCUUGCAGAAUUGUUGGCUGGAAAACCUAUCAUGCCUGGUCGAACCGAGGUGGAGCAACUACAUAAGAUAUUUAAGCUAUGUGGUUCUCCUUCUGAAGAAUAUUGGAAAAAAUCAAAGCUUCCACAUGCUACCAUUUUUAAGCCACAACAAUCAUACAAGCGAUGCAUAGUGGAGACUUUUAAGAAUUUUCCACCGUCAUCCCUGCCACUGAUCGAGACGCUUCUCGCAAUUGAUCCAGAUGAACGUCUGACUGCCACUGCUGCAUUGCAUAGUGAAUUCUUUAUUACAAAGCCUUAUGCUUGUGAUCCCUCUAGCCUUCCGAAAUAUCCUCCUAGCAAGGAGAUGGAUGCGAAACUACGCGACGAAGAAGCUAGAAGAUUGAGAGCUGCUGGUAGAUCGAAUGCUGAAGGUGUCAAGAAAUCCCGCCCUCGUGAGCGAAUAGCAAGGGGCCUUCCCGUUCCAGACGCCAAUGCUGAACUGCAAGCAAACAUCGAUAGACGGCGAUUGAUCACGCACGCAAACGCUAAAAGCAAGAGUGAAAAAUUUCCUCCUCCACACCAAGACGGAGCUCUAGGCUAUCCUCUCGGCUCUUCCCAACACAUGGACCCCAUGUUCGAUCCACCGGACGUUCCAUUCAGUUCCACAAACUUGUCACUACCAAAAACAAAUAUCCAUACAUGGUCCGGUCCAUUGACAGAACCCGGUAGCGUCGGCGCACCUAGGAGAAAGAAGAAACAUGGCAGGUGA